UACAGGUCUGCUGUGCUCCCGGAACUGCAGACCUGGGCUGGGACACACAGGACAGAGCAUGGCCAGGCUACAGAUCUCGCUCCUGACGGCCCUUGUCCUCAUGGUGGUACUUCAAGCAACUGAGGCAGGUCCCUAUGCUGCCAAUGUGGAGGACAGCAUCUGCUGCCGGGACUACGUCCAAUGGCCCCUGCCCUUGCGUAUGGUGCAAACUUUCUACUGGACCUCAGACUCCUGCCGGAGACCUGGUGUGGUCUUGCUAACACCCAAGAACCGACAGAUCUGUGCUGACCCCAGGCUGUCCUGGGUGAGGAAGAUUAUCAAGAGGCUGGACUGAUGAGAAGAGGGCCUGCUCUGAUGACGGUGGCCUUGAUU